AUGUCGGGUACGUACACGUCCUCACAGUCCGCUAACGGCGCAGUCACCGGUGGCAAUCUCAAACAGCCUCUCACUGCUGACGAGAAGAAGUUCUACAGCCAAAUAUUCAAAACGCUCGAUCUCAAGCACACGGGCCUGCUUUCCGGGCUUUCCGUGAAGCCUCUUCUGGAGGCGUCCAACCUGAGCCCUCCAGUGCUGGGAGAAAUAUGGAAUGUCGCAGACCCGGACAACAAAGGGUCGCUGGACCAGUUUGGGUUCUGUGUGGCAAUGAGACUGAUCGGACACGUCCAGAACGGCGCGGUGCUCAGUCCGGAGCUUGCACAGAACGUCCCGCCUCAGCUGGCCAAGUUCAACUCCAUCCCCGUCAACACGACGGGCGGAAGUCUGCCCGUGAACACCACCGGGUCGCGGCUCUCGUCGGCCUCGUCUGUGGACUCGCAGCAGGUGGUUGUUCCCGUGCUGACGCCGCACCAGGCGGCCAGUUUCGGCGCCAUGUUCGACAAGUCGGCUCCCGGCGGUGUUCUGCCCGGAGUGCAGGCCAGAGACAUCUUUCUCAAGGCCAGACUGCCUACACCGAUUCUGGAGAAAAUAUGGAACCUUGUCGACCAGAAACAGACCGGCCAGCUUGGCAGACCGCAGUUCAUUGUGGCCAUGCACCUGAUCCAGAGCUUCCUCAACAAAUCCAUGACUAUCCUUCCUGCUGUCAUUCCAGAGCCGAUCUGGGCCGUGGCCACCAACCCGUCCCGGCCGCAGUCGCCUCUGUUGCAGCAGGCUUCGGGCGGCUCUAUUGGCUCGGGCUCCGCCAACUUCUCCGCCUGGACCAUGUCUCCGCAGCAGAAACAGCAAUACGGCGCCGUCUUUGACAAUCUCGACAAAUCCAGACAGGGCAAGGUUUCCGGCGACGAGGUGGCCAAGUUCCUCAUGACGUCGAAGCUGCCAAACGACACGCUCGCCACCAUCUGGGAACUGGCCAAUCUGGACGGCUCCGACUCGUUCAACAAACAGGAGUUCUCCAUUGCCAUGUACUUGGUGCAGAAGAAACUGGCCGGGUUCGAGCUCCCUGAAGAGACGCCAGCCUCGCUGAUCCAGACCAGCAGAUCCACAGACAGUCCGCAGACUCAGCCAGCUGCCCAGGUGCCACCUCCGCUGCCGGCCUCUCCGUCUGCUCCACAGCAGGCCGUCAGCCCUUCCAAGUCGCACAUGGACGACCUGAUGGACGUCUUCGUGCAGCCUCCACGCACGGCCUCGAAGCCGGCUGUUCCUCCGGUCCCGGCCUCCAGAUCGGCCCAUGUCGAGUCCAACAGCACGGGCCACGGCGGCUUUGUUCCGACGUCGGACUUUGGCCGCCAGCUGCAGAGCCAGCACACGGCCGCAGACGAGUCCUCUGACGACGACGAAGGGCCGGAGGACCUGGAUCACCGGCCGUCCAGACCGGUUCCGCCAGCCAUCCCGGGCCGUGCGCAAAAGCCUCAUUUCGACGAGACAGACACCCAGCCGGCGUCCGUCCCAAGACAGUCUACUGCUAACUACGAAGCUCUGCGAAGCGUGGCCAGCCCCGUCGCUGAGUCAAAGGACGUUUCUCCAGCUCCGUCGCCAGCGCAGCCGGCCAGCAGUCUGGAGUUCACCAACCAGCCCCAGCCACCGGCACGCACCUCGUCAACCGACAGAGACGUGUCGAAUCAGCUUUCGCAGGCGUCUGUGGACAUUGCCAAUUUCUCCAACCAGAUCAACUCUCUGACCGUACAGACCACAAACGUGAACGCCAAGAGAGACAAGGCGCAGAAAGAACUCGCGAGAAUCAUGAAGGUGAAAGAGGGCAUCGAGUCCAAACUGGCGCAGCUGAAGACGCUCUACGAGCGCGAGGUGCAGCAGGUGCAAGAGGUGGAGGAGGUGCUGAUCAAGUCCCGCAACGAGUCGGGCUCUUUGAAGCAGGAACUGGCUCUGGCUGAGGCCAACUACCACUCGGAACAGUCCAAGCUCCAGAAACUGCAGCUGGAGGUCGAGGAGACCCAGAAGGGUAAUCAGACGAUGAAAGAGCGGCUCGGCGUGCUGAAUGCGGAGUCGAUCGACCUGAACCAGCAGAUCGAGUCGCUGUCACAGAAACUGACGCAGUCGCAGAAAAUGCUAGCCGUGACAAAACAGCAGGUGGCCUCGCAGGAAGAAGAAAACAACCAGCUGAGAUCGAAAAUCGACUCUGUGAUCAAGUCGAUCAGCGAGAUCGAGCUCAAACACUCGCAGCUGCUUACGAGAUCCGCAGAGCUGGAAGACGAGACUUACGACCUUCACGAGAAGCACGGCGACUACAGUGCGCAGUUUGCAGAGAAAAACCUCAAUUUCAGCACUGCCCUUGCUUCUGGCGCUGGUUAUCUUGCUGACCACCACGAGGACUCUGACGACGAGCAGGAGAACAAGGACUCUGAGGAGGAGCAGGAGGUGCCAACGUCUACGCUGCAGAAUUUCGACGAGACCGAAUUCUCUGUGCCGAGCGCACAGGACCUGAGAAGAGAGACCACCGAGUCUGUUUCCAACACCACCGGUUUCGACUCGUCGACCAAGUCCCGUUCUGAGCCAGCCACCUCGCAGACCUCGGAGCUGGACGACGGGUCCCAGACCCAGCAGCAGUUCUCGCUUCCAUUUGGCAUUCCUCACUCAGAGACUUCGUCCAUCCAGAACAAUCCGUCGCAGUCUGUCAGAGGCGACUUCGACCUGCCGGACUCGCCCACUUCCACCAUCGAAGAGGAGUCUGCUCCACCUGUGCUAAGCUCCCAGAUCCUGCCUGAAGGAAUAGAGGACGUUCCGGAACCUAUUUCGUCGAACGAAAACGGUGAGUCGUUCGAGAUGGUCAACCACGACGACGCCAAGGACUCGGCUCCUCAGGAAUCUCAGGAGCCUAAGGAACCUCAAGAACCCGCUCCUCACUACACGAUGCCGGGAAGUUUGCCGGGCGAGUUUGCACAGAUUGCAGAAAAAGAGCCAGAGUCGAACACCACCACAGAAACGUCAGAAACUACAAAGACCGAGGAGGAACAGAAAGAUGAAGACGAGGACGAUUUGUAUUCACCAGCUACCAAGCCGGCGCAGCUUGCAACAGAAACGGGCUCCGAGGAGGCGUCUCUUCCUCAGGAGACUCCAAAUCCCGAAAAACCUAAGGCAGAGGAGAGCAGCGACGACGAGGAGUUCCACGAUAGUAUUUCGAGCCCGGAGAAGCAGCAUGAGGGCGAGGCCGGGCCGCAAUCCGGCGACAGGUCGUUCAACCCAUUCACAGCACAGAAGAGCGACACCAUGUUCGACGACCUGGGGCUUGAGGAGGCCCGUCCAGAGGACUCUUUCAACGCUCCGCAGUUCGACGAGUUCAACAGCUUUGAUGCGGGCGCCCACGCGUUCUCGUUCUCGGGCCCAUCCGCCCAGGACGCUGCUGGGGCCGACGCUGGAACAGGAGCCGUCAACGACGACUGGGAGCAGGUGUUUGCCGGUUUUGGAAACGAUCCAAGUCUGCAGCCUGCCACGGAACAUUUCGAAAGCCUGCCACCAUACGAGCCUAGCGAAGGCUUCACUGAACAACCGUCCAGCGCAAACCCUGUGCCAAACGACUCCAUCUAUAGCCAGAGCCAGCAAUUAGCCAUUGAGGAGCUGAAGGGAAUGGGAUUUGACGAGAAGAUGGCAGUAGACGCUUUGCAGAAGAACGGUUGGCAGUUGGACCUUGCCACAAACUUCCUUCUGGACUCGGCCUAA